AUGCCUGAACAACUGAAUAAUAACACUUUUCUUUCCCGGGUAUUUGGGACGUCGCUCGAUGGCAAUCAUGACGACUCGAACGGUGCAGAACUCUCUAAUUUGAUCCUCAGCGAUGAUUAUCGCCAAUCAAAACCAUCCGGCUACGGCAAUGGCACUAAUAAGCUUAUGGAAUCUGAUACUAAACUGAAUGAUCAAGUUGAAACCACAAAAAUGACAGGGGUUAAAAUGCUUGUAAAUGAACUUCAAAGCUCAGAUGAUGAUGAUGAUGAUGAUGAUGAUGAUGAUGAUGAUGAUUAUGAUAGUAAUGAUGAUAGCGAUGCUAGUACCAAAAACUUUUUGAAUCGCCAAAAAAAUUAUAAUCCUUCGGUGUUGAAAAGUGCUGCCGCGGCUAUUGCUGAUUUCACUCAAGACGUUGAUAUAAAUUUGAACGAUGAUCCAAGGUUGCGCGGGGCGUUGGAUAAUAACAAUAAUAAUAAUAAUAAUGACGACGACGACGACGACGACGACGAUUAUAACGAUGAUAAUGAUGAUAAUGAUGAUGAUGAUGAGAAUUCUGUGCCCGAGGCAUUGUUAACCGACAAAAAUUUCAACAAGAAGAGAUCCCAGAAACUAGAUAAAUAUAGAAAAAAUGGGAAAUCAAAAUUAGAUGGCCAGUCAAUUCUUUUUGAAGAGUAUGGGAAAGAUCUGCUUCUUGAUACAGAUACUAAAGGCCAUUUUAAGUCACGAGGACCCAAAUUUGGGAAGGGUACUCCCCAGACAUUGCUCCCAUUAUUCAAUGAUAACAAGAAGAAAAAUUGGGAUAAAAAAUCAAUAGAAAAUGAGGCCGUCAGAAAACAAAAACUCGGGAUCCUAAGUCCUCGUGAAAAGGCUUUAUGGAUGUGGGCUAACGUUGAAAACCUUGAUAUUUUCCUCCAAGAUUGCUACGAUUAUUAUUUACAAAAUGGCCACCACUGUAUCUUGAUUAAAAGGGUCACUGAUCUUCUAACGUUAAUAUUUAUGGUUUAUUUUUCCACAUACCUUGGUUAUUGUAUUGACUACUCGAAACUUUCCACCCACAAGAAAUUAUCGGAAAUUCAGUACGACCAAUGUUACAAAACCGAAAUUUCAGGCACAAUGAAGUUUUUCCUCUAUUUGUUUUAUGGUUUUGUCAUUGGGAGAUGUAUUCAAUUCUGGUUUAUUGAUUUGAAGAAGCUAAAAGAAAUGAGGAAUUUUUUUCAAUACUUGUUGCAAAUUGAAGAAGCCGAGUUACAAACCAUUUCAUGGCAGCUAAUCAUCAAGAAAUUGAUAAUUCUUAGAGAUACCAAUUCCAAUGGGAUAUUAAUCGCCUCUGAUGAAACCAGUAACAAUAAUAAAUCCGAUCUCAAUUCCAAAUCAAGACUAACUGCCCAUGAUAUUGCCAAUAGAAUCAUGAGAAAAGAGAACUACCUAGUGGCUCUUUAUAACAAAGGCAUUUUGAAUUUCGAAAUCAAUGCCCCAAUUCUUGCAGGAUUGACGAAACAGAACUCAAUUCUCACCAAGACUCUUGAGUGGAAUAUUAAUUUAUGUAUCAUUGGAUUUAUUUUCAAUAAUCAAGGCCAGUUUAAGCCAGUUUUUCUUAGGGAGUCCAAUAGAAGUUACUUGUCACAAGAGUUGACAAAAAGAUUUAUUAUCUGUGGUGUACUUGGGAUAAUCGUUGCCCCAAUACUCGCCACCUAUUUCGUGUUGUUGAAUUUUUUCCGGUUCUUUUAUGAAUUUCGAUCGAAUCCGCAUUUAAUUGGUGAUCGUGAGUUUUCCCCUUACGCUGAGUGGAAGUUUAGAGAAUAUAAUGAACUAUAUCACUUCUUCAAAAAAAGAUUACAUUACUCAAUAGAGUCUUCCAAUGAAUAUCUCAACCAAUUUCCUAAAGAGCGGAUCAACUUGUGCAUGAAAUUUGUUUCAUUUAUUAGUGGUGCUCUCGUCACGGUUUUAGUAUUGCUCACGCUCUUCGAUCCAGAUUUGUCUAUCAAUUUCGAAAUCACCGAGAAUAAGUCUGUGCUUUUCUACAUUGGUAUCAUUGGUUCAAUUUGGGCGAUUUCUCAUGGGGCUACUUCUGAUAGUGAGAUUCAAAACCGAAUUUUUGAUCCUGAAUAUUGUCUUAGAAACGUUGCUGCUUAUACACAUUUCCUUCCGCCGGAAUGGGAAGGAAGAUAUCACACAGAAGAUGUCAAGGGGGAAUUUUCAGAGUUGUUUCAAUUGAAAGUCGUUUUGAUUCUCAAAGAAUUUCUCAGUAUUAUAUUUAUUCCAUUUAUUUUUUGGUUCGCGUUACCAAAAUGUUCUGAUCAAAUCAUUGACUUUUUCCGUGAGUUCACAGUACAUGUGGAUGGCUUGGGAUAUGUCUGUUCAUUCGCAAUGUUUGAUGUGGAUAAGAAAUUGAAGAAAACAAAUGUCAAAGAUAAAAUCAAAUUUAAAGAUGCUCCAAGGAAAAUGGCAGGAAAAAAUGGAAGAUCACGACAACCACCACCACCAGGGUCAGCCACGUCCUCCCUGGUGCCUCUGACGGAUUUGUGUAACGACUACUUGAAUUCCGGUGAUAACAAGAUGUUGAAGUCAUAUUUACAUUUCGUGGAGAGUUAUGCCAAUCAAGAUGUGGAACCUCAAUCACUUGAAUUUCAUCAGCAACAACAACAACAACAACAACACCGCAAUCAACAACUCAUGAAUCCGGACUCCUUAGUACCAGGUGUGUCGCUGAUUAUACACCAGGCUCUGGGAUCAGAUAUCAAUAAAUCAAUGUACUUUUCCAAACAAUUCCCAUUUGGAGCGACUCGUCCGAUGGUUCCCGGUCGCAAACGGCCCCAAGUCGUUUCAAAUACCACUGAAUCAAUGAUGAUGCGUUCGAGGUUUUACAGUAACAAUGGCAAUGCUCCUCGUCAGCACGACACUGUGAUGUACAAUAGCGUUCACAAUUUCGUAGGUGAUGAGUCUUAUUUGAUUGAUUUACGAGCGAAAGAUAAUGGGAUAGCCCACGAAGGCAAUAAUGACAAUGUGGGCGACGGCGUGUUGGGCAUGUUAAACCAAUACUAUAAAACCGGAAAACGUGUAUGA